AUGGAUCCUCUCAGUGUCGCAGCAUCAAUUGCAGGCUUGACCACAGCCGCUGGAGAAGUGGCUAAGAUCCUAAAGCCGUAUAUCUCUGCCGUCUCCGAGACGGUGCCUCAAAUUGCCCUGCAGGUAUAUGCGGAAGUGGAAAGCACGCAGACCAUUCUCUCAGCGGUGCAGCGCCUGAUCAACAAUCUGAGCCUUGCGAAAAACACCUCCCUCAUUCAGGUUGACGAUGUCGUUGCCAUCUUAACCGAUGGAGUGCUAGUUUAUUCAGAUCUGGAGGAAGCAGUUGGCGAGCUACGGACCGAGUUGCCAGCGGAUUCGAUCCCCUUGUGGUCACGACUGAUAUGGGCCCACAAGGAGAGCAAGAUGCUUUCCCUCUUGACGAGGGUUCAGGGUUUUAAAUCAUCUACAAGCUUGAUUUUGAAUCUAUUAAACUGCGAGUCCAACCAGCAAGCUGAGCAGCAUCGAGUAGACCUCACAAGAAGCAUCGAUAAGCUGUUGGAGGGAAAUCAGGACCUAGCUAGACGUAUGAUGAUGCUAGAGGGCCUCAUUAAUUUGCAACAUACGGACGUGGCGGGUCACGAUACGGACCCCGCGGAAGAUGCACUCCCAACGAUCCCGGAGGCAUCCGCAGCUAGAGCACCACCCGUCUCAUUCUCCGAUUUCGAAGCAGACCUCGAAUCCUCGAGAGUAUACGGUCGGGCUAAACGCUCCAUGCUCUCUGGAAUUAGUCUGAGUAAAGUGUCCAACAUUUCUGUCAUCGCAUUGCCUAUAUUUGCAGAGGAUGUAUCCAAUCGUCAUCACUAUAGCUUUUGCCUCAGCGUGGAUGUUACUUGCCCUGAACUUAACGGGAGUAAGCGGUCGGCAGAGAAUACGUCAAUUAUACAGGAUUGCCACCGUAUACGGAAAAUGCUCCUUCAGCUACCAGAAUUCCGAGAGGAGUUUCAAGAAGUGGAUGUUCUCUAUCAAAAUGAGCCAGAGAAUCCCCUUAGAGAUUUGAAGCACGUGUGCCAAAAGGGGACGUGUUUGUUGGCCUUAAUCAACAAGCUGCGCCCAGGCUUCUAUGGUCUCCGGCGCUAUUCUAACAUAAAGUUGCACGAUAACGUUGCUCUUCAUAAGUUUAUUGCUGCUUUCGAUACCUUGAAUCUUGGCUCAACGAAGGCUUUCACAAUACUGGACCUGACAGAGGAUAGCUAUGUUGGAUUUUUCAAGGUCGUAGAGACCCUGGAAUCAAUUUUGGGAGAACUUGUCAAACGAAACAUUCUAAAGAACGAAUGUCUGGAUGCACAGAUACCUUGGUACGGUGAUACAUUCAAGGAUUUGAGAGCCACCGUGUAUGAUUUCCUAGCCACUGAACGGGGUUUCUUCGAACAGAUGAGGUACCUGUUGGCCAUAAAAUCCAAGAUGGGCUAUGAGCUCUUCAAUGAUAUCGAGUCACAAAUCGUGUUUGGUCCGAUUUGUAGUAUUGUGGAUUGGCAGGUUGAAGUUUUGGUUGCAAUUGAGACCCAGGUCUUGAAAGAUCCCUUCGAGCAACGAUGGAACAUUCCGUUUACUCUCUUGACGCGAAUCAGCAAAGAUUUUCAGGUGUAUGAUUCACCCAGCCCUGAAAGGGAAGCCAUAUUACGUGCUAAGAUGGCAAGACGGAACAAGAACCUGUCCGAGCCGCAUGUUUUCGCCCUGCAGCAGUUGAUGGCACUUUCGGGUCUUCCUAUUUUGCACCUAGAUGAGUACGAAAAAUUCAUUGAGUCAUUAGUGACACUUUUCCAAAAACGAGGGCGCAAGAGCACGGGCCUAGUACUCAUCGAUCUGAUGUUCGCCGCAAACGCUGUUAAGUCGGUCCAAACAGACAUCGCACAAGCCAAAGAAAGAGUCCUCUUGAAACCAUUUUUGCUUGAUUUGAACAACCGGACAGAGGACUGA